AUGAUUGUGCUGGGAUCCCCAGAAAAAUACAACUACCAGGCACUGGUGAUGCGGCUGCACACUGGCCUCACCGUCAUGAACUGCCCCGACGGGAACGACGUGAAGGCGAUGUGUGCCUGGAGGACGCGUGGCCGCCCCGCGCAGGAGCAAAAGGAGUACUGGGAGACUGUCGGCAGUCGCAUGUCUCAGGUGGGGCCGCUGCCAAGUUACAUCUUCACUGAGGCGGAUUUCAAUGGGCGCACUGCGGCGGUUAGCAGAGCGCUGCAGGCGAUUACCCCCUCGGUUGGCAGAGACUACCUUGAUCAG